UGCACGAGACACGGACACGCAUCACGGUACGCGCACGAGCAGCAAAGCAAAGCCAAGAACAUGCACGCCGACAUUACCAUCAAAUGACAACCGGACACGUGCUGUCAUAUUUAGCUGUUGUGGAUCCAAAAUUGAAUUCCGUGCGUAAAAAGCUUUUGUCGCGCAGCAGAGCGACGUGUGAACAAGCUGCGGCUCACAGCCCGUUUGUGUUUCGCACCCUGUAGUCAGACAAUUGUAAAAUGAGGUUGGGAAGCAUCAUUUUACUCGUCGCCCUCUGCUCGUUUACCGCUUAUUAUAUUUAUGAGCCCAUUCCCGAGGAGAUAGAGGAGAGAUGGAAACUCAUGCUGACCAACUGCUUCUUCAGAAGUCUCAGCCACCUGGCAGACCUCAGUGAAUUGCUGGGGCUGAAGGACUACAUGGGGGUAAUGUACUUCAUUACUCUGGCUGAAAGGGUGGUGCCCGUGUCCGACCAGCACGUCAAGGUUACAGAGGAAAAUUUUGACGGAGUCGAGGUGGUGCUCUACCAGCCAAAGCAACAGGGCGGUGGUGAAGAACUCAGGAGAGCCAUCAUAUACCUGCACGGUGGAGGAUGGUGUCUUGGCAGCUCCCGAAUGAGUCCAUACGAUCUCCUGGCCAGAGAAUUAGUCACUGAGCUUGAUGCAGUUGUUCUUUCUGUGGAGUACCGCCUCGCCCCUGCUCACCACUUCCCCGUACCGUAUGAGGACGUGUACCGUGUGGUCAAACACUUCCUCCAGAAGGGGGUGCUGGCCCAGUACUCUGUGGACCCAGGACGCAUAGCUGUGUCUGGGGAUAGUGCUGGAGGGAACCUGGCAGCUGCCGUCUCUCAACAGUUACUAAAAGAGCCUGGAGAGCAGAUUCAGUUGAAGGCCCAGGCGCUCAUCUACCCGGUGCUCCAGGCGCUGGACCUCAACACUCCUUCAUAUCAGCAGAACCAGGACAUGCCCAUUCUACCCCGGACCCUCAUGGUGCGGUUCUGGAGCGAGUACUUCACCAGCGACAAAGCUCUUUUCAGAGCCAUGAUGGCGAACACCCACAACAACCACGAGUCUUCCAGUCUGCUGAAGUUUGUCAACUGGAGCGCCUUCCUUCCAGAAACGUACCACAGAGAAUACAACUACAGUGCGCCCGCUGUGGUGCAGGGAGUCGGGGGGGAGGCAACGGGGAUGGACGGACCGUCUCGAUCUUUGGCUGACCCGAGGGCGUCGCCUCUGCUGGUUCCAGACACGGCCUUACACUCUCUGCCCAAGGCCUACAUUAUGACAUGUGAGUAUGACGUUCUCCGAGAUGAUGGCAUCAUGUAUGUCACACGGCUCCGGGCUGCUGGUGUCGAGGUGUCACACGAACACUAUGACACAGGAUUUCACGGAGCGCUGAUGUUCACUGUGUGGCCCACUGACUUCCUGAUUGCACGCCGCAUGACAGACAACUAUAUCAAAUGGCUCAAGGAAAACUUGUAAAAACUCCUGACUUAUUAUAAUCAUUCCAGCUUGGGUUUUGUUUCGCCACAAUGCACCAAAGUUUGUUUAGGUGCCAUUUGUUUUCCAAUCUGUGUUUAACUUUUGUGUUGUUUAGUUCUUGUUUGUCGGUCAGGCUAUCUUUCUGUAAAUAUAUUUAGAAAUAUAUUAACAUCUUUUAUUUUCCCACUCAUGUGUUAGAUAGCAGGUCAGGAAAUGAGAAUUUGAAAUAAGAUUUAAAAGUAUUUUACAUAUAGUAGUAAAACACAAUGCAUAUGAAACUAAAAUGGCACUAUAGAGAGCAAACCUCAGCCAAUGCCCAGUAGUCCCCUUAUCAAACCCCAUUUAAAUUCACUAAAUCAAGAUUUUUGUGAAAAUUUAUUGGGUUCUUAUCUGACCUACUAAAUCUUUCCGCUAAGUUUCAUGCUAAUCAGUCUUUUGUGUAAUCUUCAAAAACAAAUCCAUUCUCUUUAGCAGAAGUAAUCAACACUUGCACAUAAAAGUAGUAAUGAGUUUAUUGUCCAACAACCAUAAAGCUACCUAAAAAAGUAAAACCCUGCAACAUCACUAAGGUUGCUGUAUUGUGGAUUGUCAUUACUUUAUUUUUGCUGACUAACUGGCCCUGGCUCAUUCUUGUUUCCCCCUGAAGGACCCACUACCUGUUCACUGCAUCAACGUCAUACUAGUCAUGCGUAUCACUCAUUACAAAAAAUAUUUUCCCUUUAGAGGUUUUCAGAAUCCAGGAUAAAACUUCUCAAAGCAGAACAGGAUUUUCACAACAGCAAAAAAUAUAGUCACCUUGGCCAAAGUUAACAUUCAUCACUGAGCACAAGCUGACUCUGAAACCUGAGAAUGUUUAAAUGUCUUUGCAAUAUAACGUCUCAUGUGUAAAGGUCACUGAUGCUUUAGAAAUAGAGCAAAACAAGGACAGAACUAAACCUGAGUAACAACUAAGCAAACGUUACACACAGCUCACAUAUGCUGAUACAGUAACUAUGGUAUCUUCAAUGGUAUAAUUCAAUGGUAUCUUUAUUAGCAAAACAUGCAGAAGUACAACAAAAAAAAUUUUUUUGCUUGUUUGCUUCGUAACAUGUGGGCUACACCCAAAUUAAUUUGAUCAGCCACAUUCCACACAGCAUUGCUAUUUAUAUUAGCUUUAUCAGAGUAUUGCUAUCUAUAUUAGUUAGAUACAAGUAGAGGCGAUGCUGUAGCAGCCUCAAAACAGUCCUCACACCAUGCAGACAUGUAAAAAAUGAAGAAGAGACAGAUUAUGUCCUGCAGGAAAUUGAGCAACAUUUUAAGUGUAGCCUUGAUCUUUACAGUACGUCACAUGUCUCUUAACCAGGUGAAUAUUAAAAACUAGAAUGGCCUCCAGCAGACAGUCCCCUCAGGAAACCACAUUUAGAUUCACUCAAUCUGGAUUUUUAUUUGGAUCUGCACCAAAUUCAGUCUCCUAAACAUUUUUUUUUCCAAUUAAUAACCAUGAAUUCAUCUCACACUAUUUAAGAGAGGAAGAGAGCAUCCUUCACUGGUAUUUCUUGUGUUAUAUCUAAGUAACAGGCAAAAAAAAAACUAGAAUAGAGUGCAAGCCUCAAUACGGUCAAGAUCCAUGAAUCAUUCUGAGAAAUUAACAAAUAUGAAAUUGAAACAUGCCCUUCCAUUUUGGAGUGGAUCUGCCCCCUGAUCCAGAUCCACGGCCAUGCCCCCCAUCAAAAUUUUAGCGAAAUUGUUUGAGUUAGAAAUAAUUUUGCUUUGGUUCCUGUAAGAGGAAGUUUUAAGACCAAGUUCUGGCUUCAUGAUGAAAUUGUGAUGUGAAAAUGUGUGUAGAACGAAAAUUAAAUAAAUGUCUUGCACAAACACUACAUGCAUGUCACUGAUCUCACUGCAAUUUGUUGUCACCAGUCAACCUUUAGCUCCGGAUGUACAAGAAUCAUGACACAAAACUAGACUCUCCCUUUUUAUCUUUAUGUCUGUGGGGGAAAUCCCCUUGUGACUUCUCUGCACAUGGGAUGACUAUCUGUAAGAUAACAGGGAGGUUUAAAGUUCUAGUUCUAGUUAAUGUGAAACAGAUAUGAUCUUCUUGACUCAGCUUUCAGGCUUGUCUUUUGUUUGAUGGUUUCUUUCUUUCUUUCAUUUUUUUCCCCCAGUUACUCAUUCAAAAUAAACAACCACUUAAAGUAUGUAACUUUUGAAACAAGUCAGUGCACUGCAGAGAAACAUGGCUCUCUUGCUUAAGCACUGCUUUGUUUUCAGUUGUAAAUAUGACGCUAUUUCUGUGUUGGAUUCCCUCUUGGAGAGUGUUUUUGAUUUGCUUUUUUAAUGUCAUCUGACAAUAAAUUGACUUGACCA